UCGCUUUUGAAGUGAAACACCGCAGGCACAAUGCAGUCCGCACGCCAACGUGGGCCACAGCUUAUUAAUCUAGCGAUUAGGUUUUCCAAUGAGCUUGCAUCUUGCGGGGGCGUGAUCGGUGCUCUGCGUCAAGGAGAUGCGAUAAGGCAGGGCCUCGCCCAGCAACAGCGGCUAAUUAGCAGCGCGCUGGCGUCGCACUACGGCGGGUUGGCGCAGCAGCUUGCGGAGUCUCCGAUUGGUCUUCAGGGCCUCCGAUCCUUCGCCGCGGCGGCAAGCGCACAACAGCAGCCCCAGCAGCAGCAGCCGGGCGGGCAAAAGGACAAGUACGACUCCCUGGAGCUGACCCAGGAGCGCAUCGACUCCAUCACGGACAAGAUCCCUCAGCGGCCGGUGGGCGUGGUGGAGGGCACCAGCUACACAGUCAUCAUCCUGGCGGCGUUCGGGGUGCUGGCCUUCGUGCUGUACCAGGUCCUGUCCAGCCUCAUCUUCGAGCCCACCGCCAUCACCGCCUUCAACGCCACUCUGGAGCGGCUCAAGUCCGACCCGCGCAUCACCGUGCGCAUCGGCGAGGCGGGCGAUAUCCGGGCCUGGGGCAGCAACAGCGAGAGCCGCGUGGCGCGGCAGCAGAUCCCGCACCAGAUCUACAAGGACCAGAACGGCGUGGAGCACGUGCGGAUCCAGUUCUACAUCAAGGGGCCCAGCGGCACUGGCCAGGUGAACGCGGACAUGUACAAGGACCCCACAGGCCUGUGGGCCUACACCUACCUGCUGGUGGACGCCUACCCGGCCUCGGGCGCAGGCAGCGGGCCGCAGCGCCUCACCAUUGUGUCGCCGCCGCGGUAGGGCAGCGGCAGCGGUACGGCAGCGGUACGGCAGCGGCAACAGUAGGGCAGCGGCAGCGGUAGGGCAGCAGCAGCGGUAGGGCAUCGGCAGCGGCAUGGGACGAGGAGGUUACUGCAGCCGCCACCGUCACCACUGCCAGGAGGAGGAGGAGGAUGGCGUCAAUGGCGACCAUGUUGUUGUGUUGGGAAGGAGUGGAAGGAGUGGAAGCAGUGGCAGAGGCGACGGCGAUCAUCAGUGAGGAGGUCGAUGGUGAUGUUGAUGAGGAGUUGGAGACGGUGGGAGCAGUGGGGAUGGGAGGCGGAGCGGUGACGGCUAGGCCUGGCGGCUGGCGGCAGCUGGUGUGCAGGUCUGCAGCUGGGAUGCAGAAGCCCGGGUGGGAAGGUGGGCAGGCUUGGCGUGGGCUGGGUGACGGGGCUGAAGCUAACCCGGCGGCGGGGCACGCGUGCGUGGGAGCUGCUGGUGGCGUGCUGAGGAGGGGGCGCUGGGAUGGGCGUGCAGAUCCGGCACAGCAGCCAGAGGCAGCUGAAGGCGCGGCCUGGGCCGGGCUCAUGAUAGUGCAGAUGCAGGAGGGCGCGGCAGUGCAGAGCAGGGUUCGCAGUUUUGCAUGCAUGCCUGCACCACAGAGCAGGCGGGGCAGGCUUGACAGGGACGCGUGGAAGGCAGGGCAAGGGCACGUGUAUGAGAGGAAGAGGGGGCCGUGUGGCUUUCGCGGUUGAGCGUCGUUGCGCGCGGGAGUCGCGGCAUCGGGUGCAAGCUGGUGCAAGCAGGCGGCCGGCGUAAGGCGGCCUAGCUGGUAUGGUAUGCCUCUAAGCCGAGUGCGGGCGAGUAAAGGCACGAGUAAAGGUGUUAUCUGUGAUGCAUACUCCUACCUUUGGCCAGUGCUCAUGGGAGGGCAACGUGUGCCUUCAAUAAAAUCAUGCUCCGUCACUGUUGGGAUGGAAUCGGCCGCAGGCAAGGGGUCGACUGCCUGCAGGUGCGCAUCGGCUAUGCUAUCCGCGCGGUGUGGCGUCGCAUUGAGUCUGUGUGGUGCUAUCGCCUUGGCCGGGCGCCCGGAGCGUGAGGAAUGCGCGUCAGCAAAACAUCGACACAACCUGCCAGCUACCGUCGGUACAGUAACAGCGCGCGAACGACGCACCAAUGCCUUGUCCCUUCUUGCUACGCAUUUAUGUGGGCACGGGUGGGAGCCACACACAUCGGGACUACGCUUUCCUGCCCCUUGCCAUGUUCCAUCACGAGCGCGCGA